UCUCUCUCUCUCUCUCUCUCUCUCUCUCUCUCUCAAAUAAUUUUCCCAUCCCAUUCUAAUCCAAAGGGUUGUUUUCUCUCCUCUCCCACUUUCUCCUUCCCACAACUUUAGCAUCAUGACUGAUCCUUACUGCUAUUCAUCCUCUAGUAAUUACUUGAUCAAUGAUGCAUAUUGGAUCAACUUCAACCAUCACCACUUCUCUUCUUCCCCUUCUUCCUCCUCUUCUUCUGGUCAAUACGCAUACUCUCUCCAUGGCCACAAUUUCCACAACAACAAUAUCACUGCUGCCUCCACCACUCCUUUUACCAAUUUCAACACCAACAACGACUUCACUCCCUCACCACCGCCGCCGCCACCACCUUCCUCUCCACCCCUGAAGGAAGCCCUCCCACUGCUCAGCUUAAGCCCCACGAGGCACGAUGAUGACCGUAAGAGAGAAGGCCAGGUCCCGAUGGAAGUUGAUGAUAACGAUGAUGAAGAUGGAGCUCAAGUCACAGUUGCCCUCCACUUGGGGCUUCCGAGCCCUAGUUCCACUUCCAGCCCCUCGCAUUGCCGAUACGGCAAUUCGAUCUCUAACAAUUCCGUGGAGGCUGCAUCGGACAAGGAAGAUCAUAGUAGUAAUAGGCUCAACAAGGGCCAGUAUUGGAUACCAACUCCUGCCCAGAUUCUGAUCGGCCCAACUCAGUUCUCUUGCCCUCUUUGCUUCAAGACCUUCAAUAGAUACAACAACAUGCAGAUGCACAUGUGGGGCCAUGGGUCGCAGUACAGGAGGGGCCCGGAGUCCCUGCGAGGGACCCAGCCUACGGCAAUGCUGAGGCUCCCGUGCUACUGCUGCGCCCCCGGGUGCAAGAACAACAUCGACCACCCGAGGGCGAGGCCGCUCAAGGAUUUCCGGACCCUGCAGACGCACUACAAGAGGAAGCACGGGAUCAAGCCAUUCUCCUGCCGCAAGUGCGGGAAGGCCUUCGCGGUGAGAGGGGACUGGCGGACCCACGAGAAGAACUGCGGGAGGCUCUGGUACUGCUCAUGUGGGUCUGACUUCAAGCACAAGAGGUCCCUCAAGGACCACAUCAGGGCCUUCGGGAGCGGCCACAAGGCAAUUGGGAUCGACGAUGCCGAGUGCUGCUUGUUUGAGGAGGACGAGCCCGCUUCGGAGAUCGAUCAGCAGGAUAUUAAUUGCUGUAAUUGUGAGUCCGCCAGCUCCAAGUGAUAUCAAGUUAGCUAGCUUUCUAGGGUUUUUGAGGUUUCCUUUUGAAUUUCCAGCUUUCAGUUAAUACGAUCCGAGGGCUCGAUCUUUACAUAUAUAUCCCUGCUGCAACCUGCCUAAACUUGGUGUAUAAGCAAUAAAAAGUCCAUGCUAUUCGAAAGUA